AUGGCUGCGGUUAACUCGCUGUACAAAGAAAAGAACAAGUGGGAAAGUGUAAAGUGUACUGAAGACAGCAAUGGCCUGUGGCACAGCUCUGAAGGGGGUACACUUCAUGGACCCAAUUCUCCCAAGGUUUCAAGUGACAGCCUUAAUAUUUUCCCCCGAGCCCUACAUGACUGUUUACAGUCCUUUCAGCCUGAGAGUGGGUCGGUGCUGAUACAAUAUGUUGAUGACUUGUUGUUGGGUGCUGAUUCAUUUGAGUCGUCCCUGGCAGAUACAAAACAGGUUCUGUUUCGUCUCUUCCAGCAGGACACAAGUUUUCAAGGGAUAACCUACAGUUGCUUAGGACAAGGGUCAAAUACCUGGAAAAGGAGGUCUGGAAGGCGAAGGGUUUUGGUCAGGAGUUCUCAGGACUCUGGAGAGAUGGACAAGUGCUUUUUUUUUGGAAGACAACCUCCUGUCAUGAUCGAUCUGCACCGUGAUCAGAAAUACAUCAAUGAGGUGACAGUACAGUACCUUAUCGAGAUGAGCCAACCUGACAUUGAAGAGUACAGAAGUAUCCUGGCAUUUAUCUUUGCAAUUGAUGAAAUUAACAAGGACCCCAACCUUCUCCCCAAUGUGACACUGGGUUAUCACAUAUAUGACACUUGUGGGGAUGCAAAGAAAACCUUACGCUAUGUCCUGCAGAUAAUGUCUGGAGAAAUGAUGGAGGCUCCUAAUUAUUCCUGUAGGAAACAUGAGAAAGUGUUUGGAUUUGUUGGUGAUUCUGAUUUUCAUACAAGCCAUGUGAUGGCCCAGUUACUGAGUCUGUACCAGUACCCACAGAUCAAUUAUGGAGCCACUGAUCCUGUCCUAAAUGACAGACAAUUAUAUCCAACUUUUUCCCGGAUUGUCCCAGAUGAUCAGGACCGUUAUGCAGCUAUUGUUAAGUGUCUGCUACAUUUUGGUUGGAACUGGGUUGGAGUCAUUACACCAAAUGAUGGUAGUGGGGACAUGGAAUUACUGGAACUGAGUAAACUGAUGAGCCAGCAUGGGAUCUGCAUUGAGUUUAUCAUUAAACUUUCCUUUGAUUUAGACGUUAAUAGAAAGAAACUUCAGGAGAUGAAACAAUUUACAGCUAGAAUUCUACGGAACUCUAUGAGAAACCUUCAUUACACAGAUCCCACUGGAGAAGAGAUGACCUUCAAUGAAAGAGGGGAUCUGCCCUCUAAGUGGUUAAUGGAAAACUGGGUUAUAUAUAAAACUAACACAUCAUAUGAAUUUGUUGUAAAGCCUGUGACCAUCUUUGACGAAUCACAAGAUGACCAGGUUUAUAAUAUCAAAGCAGGAGAAAUCACAUGGAAAAAUGGCAUGAUCCCAACAUCUCGGUGCAAUGACAGAUGUCCUCCUGGAUACAGAAAAGCUUUUAAUGGGGGAUUCCAUGUCUGCUGCUAUGACUGUGUCCCAUGUUCUGAGGGAGAAAUAUCUAAUACAACAGAUAGUGAGAUCUGCCAUAGAUGUCCUGAUGAAGAGUGGCCGGAUGAGAGAAGAGUGAGAUGUGUACCCAAAAUAUAUGACUUUCUGUCCUAUGAAAAGGACAUUGUGGUGCAAAUAUCUGCAGUAACAGCUUCAUCUUUCUCUGCAAUAACAUUAUUUAUAUUAGGGAACUUUAUUUAUUACUGGAACACCCCAAUUGUGAAAGCCAAUAACCGGGCUGUAAGCUUCAUUCUACUGAUCUCCAUGUUGCUGAGCUUCCUCAGUGUGUUCUUGUUCCUUGGCCAGCCGGUGGAUAUAACAUGCAGACUCAGACAGACAUCAUUUGGGAUCUUCUUCUCCACAGCUGUCUCUUCUGUACUGGCCAAGACUGUCACUGUCUUCAUUGCUUUCAAAGCCACCAAACCCGGAAGCUCCUGGAGGAAGUGGGUCACACUCAAAGUAUCUAAACAUGUGGUCAUUGUGUUUUCCUCUCUCCAAGUUCUGAUCUGUGGUAUCUGGCUGACUGUUUCUUCUCCAUACCAGGAGUAUGACCAUCACUCCUAUAAGGGAAUGAUCAUCAUUCAGUGUAAUGAGGGGUCAGUGCUUGGGUUAUACUCUAUGUUGGGUUACAUAGGGAUCCUGGCAUCUGUGAACUUUGCUCUGGCUUUCAUGGUGAGGACAUUACCAGACAGCUUCAAUGAGGCCAAGUACAUCACCUUCAGCAUGCUGGUGUUCUGCAGUGUCUGGAUUGCAAUGAUCCCAGCCUAUCUGAGCACCAAAGGGAAAUACAUGGUGGCUGUGGAGAUAUUCGCCAUACUGACCUCAUGUGCUGGUGUUCUGGGCUGUAUAUUUUUCCCAAAACUGUAUAUUUUGCUUAGAAAACCUGAAUUUAACUCCAGAAAAACAAUACUGGGAAAAAACACUAUAUAA